AUGAUUGGACCGACCAGCUUGCGUCGCCUCAUGUUCCUUCAUAUAUCCCAAACAUCAAGACUCUUGUCCACAUGCCACACAUGUCUUAGUAUUAUGCAAUGACGAGCUCAUUACUUUAUGUACUUGGGGGGUCCUAUCAUUUCCUUUAUACUAUAGCAAAGAAAGAUCAAUAAAGAGAAAUCUAUAUAAACAAGAAAGAUAAAGAAAGGAAGAGAGAGUUGUUAGAUAUGUUGUGCAGCAUGAGAUCUUCUUCAUCUUGUCUUGUGUUUCUCUUGUGCCCUAUGCUUCUGAGUCUGUCGGCCGCUGCGUACAAGAACUACACUGUGGGAGAGUCCACAGGAUGGUUCAGUAUUCAGGAGAGACCCUCUGCAAAUUAUCAGAAAUGGGCCGAUUCCAAAUCCUUUUCCUUGGGUGAUUUCCUCAUUUUCAACACAGAUAGCAACCAUUCGGUGGUGCAGACAUAUGAUUUCAAAACGUACAAAGAAUGUGAUUACAACAAUGGUGAAGACAAUAGUACAACAGAGUGGUCGGCUGCUAAUCCUUCAGCAACAUCUCCAGUUCCGGUCUCAGUAUAUGUUCCUCUUGUUAAAGAAGGUUUCAACUAUUUCUUCUCAGGAAAUUAUGAUGGUGAUCAGUGUAAAUUCGGACAGCAUUUUAAGAUAAAUGUAACACAUGGUCAAGGCCUACCUGCUGCUUUAUCAUCACCAGAUGAAGAUGAUGAGACUGCCCCUGGACCCGACAGAUCAUCUCAAUCCGGUGAUGAUGAAGUUGCUCCAGACACUAUAGUUCCCGCCAAUUUUGACCAUCCUAAAGAUAUUGAGAGUGAUGAUGAUGACAAUCUGGUUAAGGGUCGUAAAAGUUCUUCUACCAUAACAAAAUACAAUUUGUUAUGGUUAGUGUUUAUGGGGUUCUUGGCAUCAUUUUUUUAAUCAAUUCUUCUUCUGUUUUCGAAACUAUCAUUUUUGUAUGUAUAAUAAGCGCU